GACAAGCGACCGUUCAGUUGCGGCGGUGAACGAGUCAGCGAGCGCACAAAAUCAAGCAAUAAACUAACUAAAAUCUGUUUGGGAAACCUAAUAAUAAAUAAUAAUAAAAACACAGCACGCGCUAUUGAUUAUUGAAAACAAAAAUACAGUAAAAACAAAGUGACUUUAUCAGGCAAAGAAAAAAAUUUAAAAAAAAAAAGAAAAUAAUAAAAAUUCAAUAAGGGGCUCGUCCAAGUGCACGAAUUUAUAAUACAUAUUGUGAGAGAACGGUGAAUAACAAACUAAUUGUUCAAGCAGCAUGGAGAACGUUAGAACUUUUUUCGCUGGACACAAUAAAGACGGCACAUUGACAAACAAUCAGCGAAACGGUGGACUUAAUUUAUUUAAUGGACGCAUCAUGCCGACUGGCAUGAGCAGUGGUCUACAGAGCAACAUGAGUCCGCACAUCGGAGGGGUGAAUGACAAAACACAUCACGAAGUGAAGCGGAAAGAUAACGACAAUUACUUCUAUAUAAUGUGGCGCUCCUAAGUCAAGUCCCACCACGUGCCUGUAACUACACAUUGCAUUGAAAAUCUUUGUCUAAAGUUACCUGUAUUCAACUUAUACAAUUUCUACGAUGCACAAAUGCGCAUAAAUUAAAUUACAUUUAAUUAAAUUAAAAAAAAAAAAACAAAUUGUGGACGCUUGCAGUCUUUUUGGAGCUGCAGAAAUUUGUAUAUGCUAGUGAUAUUAGUUUUAGCAAAACUGCUUUCAUUCAAUUAAAAAGAACGGUACUAACAGGGAAUAAGCAGGACUUGCGACCGAACAUUUUUAAUAAAAAAUAAAUCUAAAUAGAAAUUAUUAAAAAUUAUAUACGCUCCAUCCAUGGAUCCAUUCACCAUACUGACCAUCAUCUAUUGGCUAGUUUUGGCACUACUAUUCGGUCCCAUAUUGUUCUUUGUAUGCAUUUAUUUACCUGAAUUACCUGUUAGAUAUAUAAAACGCAUUCGAACAUAAAAUCUGCAAUUAGACGAGUAUUUUUUUCAUACAUAUUUACAUAUGUAUGUCAUUAUAUACAACUACUUAAAUGUAAGCAAUCAAUAAAUUUAUAUAUUUUUUAUUGUUAACUUAAUUAAAUUUAAUACAUAUUUCUCUUAAAAUAAAUGUUAAUGUUCAAAAAUGCAUUUAAAUACAA